AUGAAAAGUAACAAACAAGAACUUUACAAGGUGAAAGUUUAUAAUCCUGCACCGAAUUGUUCAAAGCCAGCUCAAGCACCAGGUACUCAGUCAAGAACAACGUACUUAUGCAAUCGCAAAAGAACAUCGAUGUACAUCGUAUUGUCCCCUGUACCUCUGAUUUUAAUUGCGCUAGUUGUUAUGAUUCCCACAGUUUUUGUUGCGAGGAAAACAAAAACUACAGCAGCACCUAUACCAAUUACAACAGUAACAACUGUGACAAUGUCAACAACUACCACACAAACAACGACUCCAACAGAGACAAGAACAACAGAAACAACAAUAUACAAAUCUGACGGCAAAAAAUAUCUCAAAUGGAAACAACAGGCAACCACCGUCGCGGGAGGAAAUGGAAAUCAAUUCAAUCAACUCUCUUCUCCUUAUGGCAUCUCUGUUGGUCAAAACAAAACCAUUAUCAUCGCUGAUUAUGGGAAUGAUCGUGUUGUUCGAUGGGAAUGGCAGGCUAAGAAGGGAACCAUCGUCGCAGGAGGAAAAGGAAGAGGAAAUCGAACGGAUCAGUUGCAUUCUCCAAGAGAUGUGAUUGUUGCUAAAGACAAUCAGUCAAUCAUCAUUGUUGAUUAUAGCAACAGACGAGUGAUUCGGUGGUUUGAUCAAAGUCCAUUGAAUCAACAGAUUCUCAUCAACGACAUCGACUGCUAUGGCUUGGCGAUGGACAAAGAAGGAUAUCUCUAUGUUUCUGAUGUGAGGAAGCAGGAAGUGAGACGAUGGAAAGAAGGAGAAAGCCAAGGAACAAUCGUGGCUGGAGGAAAUGGACUAGGAAAUCGACUCAAUCAACUGAAGUGGCCUUCUUAUCUGUUUGUCGAUGAUGAACAAUCGAUCUAUGUCUCGGAUCACGGGAAUCAUCGUGUGAUGAAAUGGCGAAAAGAUGCAAAAGAAGGAUCGAUUGUCGCUGGAGGAAACAGAGAAGGAAACAGUCUCAAUCAAUUGUGGCAUCCUGAAGGAGUGAUCGUUGAUCGUUGGGGACAAAUCUAUGUGGCAGAUCUGGGGAAUAAUCGAGUGAUGCGUUGGCGUGAAGGAGACAAAGAAGGAGGAAUCGUCGUUGGUGGAAAUGGUUACGGACAAAGACUAGAUCAAUUGUCUUAUCCCACUGGUUUAUCAUUUGAUGACGAAGGAAAUCUUUAUGUGGCUGAUUGUGGGAAUGAUCGAAUUCAGAAGUUUGAUUUGAUUUUGUCGUAG